AUGGAUCCCGGCUCCGUGCUGGCGGUCGUGUCGCUAUCGUUCCAGAUCUUUGGUGGCUGUGUCCAGGGCUUCACCCUGCUCUCUAGCGCCCACAACCUCGGCAAAGAUGCGUCGCUGCUCCAGACCAUGUUGAGUCUGGAAGAGUAUCGCUUCAUCCAGUGGGCGCGGGGGGUGGGCUUGAUUGGCGACGAGGCGGACGACACCAACACCAACACCAACAUCAGCGGUUUGAACCCGAGGCUGAAUUACUCAUUGGCUUCGGAACUCAUGGCCCAGCUCGAGAGCCUGCUUACGGCCGACCAGCUUCGAACACGCUAUAAACUCGUCUUGGUGGAAAAUGCGUCCGAGAUGCCGGAUGACACGGAUGAGACACCGACACCUGAACCUGCUACUACUGCUACUACUGCUACUACUGCUACCCCUACCCCUUCUGCUACCGCUGCUGCUGCUACCACCGCCACCACGACCUCCAAAGUCGGACCUAUUCCUGUUCUCCAGAAACUCGUCUCGGACCGACUGCGCAAACGCAUCCUCGCCCGGGCCAAGCUGAUCCAGAACGACAGCCACCUCCCCAAACGCCUGUGGUGGGCCGCCGUGGACAAGGCCAAGUUCGAGGCCAUGGUGCGCGACGUGCGCACGCUGGUUGACGGCCUGUGGGCGCUGCUGGACCCGUUGCAGCGCGAGGACUCGACCUGGCUGAUGAACGAGGUGCUGGCCAAAGUGGUCCAGCUGAGCAAGGACGUCGGCGAGCUGCGCGCCAUACAGACCAGCGACGAGGUGUCGGGUGGUCUGAACGUCGCCGUCGACUUGAAGGUUGCUCGAAUCGAGAUUGAUGACCCGGAUCCGGUAGAAAGUGUACAAGGAGGGUUUUACCGCCAACACCAACUAUCAUCAUUAUCCCUAUCGUCAUCACCGUCGUCAUCGUCGUCGUCGCUUCUUGUUCCACAUUCUCUUCACUAUCUAUCCAACGAAAUCCCAGGUCCGAACCCGAACCUGACCGGGUCCUCGACCCCCAAGAGACUAGACCUGAAUCUGAGUCUACCUCCUAUCGAUCGAGCCCUUCUGACCGUGGUUUCUUCCUCCAACACCAACGCCAACACCGCCUCGGGCAUCUACGACUCCAAGCCCGUCUGGCUCGAAUACAAGAGAGUCCCAGCGCGAAUGAAAGGCAAGCUCCUGUCUCGAGUCAAGGGUCUGGCCUAUCUCCUGUCCAGGCCCAAGGACCCAUCAUUCCGCACCUUACGGUGUAUUGGCUUCUUCGAGGACGGAGAGAGCUUUGUGUUUGUUUAUAGCUACCCAACAAGAACCGACUGCGACCUCGACCCCGAGAAAGGCGAGACAAUCAACCCUUCACCUUCAAUUUUGGCUCCAUCUUCUUCUCAGUCUCCGUCUCCGUCUCCGCCAAAACCGCUCUCGCUCUACGAAUUAAUCCGCGAAAACAAGACCCUCAAAUCCCCCAGCGUAACCACCCGACUCGGCAUUGCGCUACAGCUCUGUCGCACCUUACUGACGCUGCACACGGCGGGCUGGCUACACAAGGACCUGCGAUCGGAGAAUGUGGUAUUUUUUGGAGAUGGCGGCGAGGGUGGCGAGGGCGGCAACAACAACAAUGACAAGAAUGAUAAGAACGACAAGACCGAUGACAACGACAACAACACAAAGAACGACGGUAGCAAUAACGACAACGACAACGAUUACAAGAACGACGACAGCAACAACAAGAAGAAUUAUACCAACAACAGUGCAAGGCCCAACCUUGACCCCUACAUGACAGGAUUCUCCUUCUCGCGACUCGACUCGCCCGCCGAGAUCUCGGAGCAGCCAUCAUCCGACCCCCAGGCCGACAUCUACCGUCACCCCCACGCCCUGGGCGACCCGUCCACCUCGUUCCAGAAACACAUGGACCUCUACAGUCUGGGCGUGAUGCUGGUCGAGCUGGCCGAGUGGAAGACGCUCAAACAUAUUGUGAAGGACUGUGUGGAUGUGAGGGAAAGGGACAAAAAGAAGGGAAAAACAAAUGAUCCCCACAACAACACCACUACCGACCAUCAAUUUACUCCCGUCCCUUUGUCCGAUCUCGCUCGUCUGCCUCACCACUUGAUCCGCACCGAACUCCACUCCGGCCAGAUCAGAUAUCGUAUGGGCGAUGUCUAUGCCCGCAUCGUCGGCAGCUGUCUCGACCUGGGCUUGACGCCGCUGCAUGCCGCGCCUGAUACGUUGCCGACUUUGCUGGAUAUGGUGCGGAACUUGGAGAAAUGCCGGAUUUGA